AUGUCCGCUCAGGUUUUAUCCCAGCUUCCAGCUCUUCAGGCAACAGUUGCCCCCAACUGCAAAAUUCUGCAAGACCCUGGGACCCCGGAAUUCAGCCAACGCCUGAGGCGUUGGACUAAUAUCGACCACCAAACCCCGACUGCGAUCAUCCUGCCGAGCACCGAAGAAGACUGUCUCAAAACUGUUCGAUGGGCACUUCGGUCCUCUAUCCCGUUUGUACCUACUUGCGGAGGCCACAGUGCUUGGUCUACGAUCGGCGAAGGCGGCGUCAUCAUCGAUCUGAGUAACUAUACCCAUAUUUCGGUAGAUAAAGCAGCAAGAACGGCCACCAUAGUCGGCGGGGUCCUGUCCAAACAGGUGGGCCUGCGCCUCGCGGAAGCAGGGUUAUUUACAGCUCUCGGAAACGGCAACACUGUUGGCGCAAUCCCGUACUUCCUCGGCGGAGGCGCUUCCAUCACCUCCUCCAUCACCGGGUUUGGGUCUGACCAAAUAAUCUCCGCGCGGGUCAUCACCGCCACGAACGGCGGAACACUUGUGGAGGUGACGGAAUUCGAGAAUCCGGAUCUUUUGUGGGCGCUACGCGGUGCUGGCCAGUUCUUCGGGCUUGUCACCCAGCUGACUGUUCGUGCUCAUUCGCUUUCUUUGCUGCGAAAGCAGGUGGGCCUUAUCUGGGUUGGGGCGUUCGUCUUCCCGCUGCAUCGCGCGGCGGAGGUCGCUCGCGUGAUGAAGCCGCUCAUGGCAGACGGGCAGCAUGCGACGGCUGGCUUGAUGAUGAUCAUGGCCCCUCCGCCGGCUCGCGUGCCCUCGCUGGUUAUCUCCGCGCGGUACACGGGUGACGAGGAUCCGCAUGUGCCCUUUGGGCCACUGUACGAGCUGCAGCCGGUGAUGGUGACUGGAGGAGAGGUACCAGUGCAGAAUGCAAGUGAUGCGCGGGAGGUCCUGUGCGCUAAGGGUGACUUUAAGCAGUUCGGCGUGGUAGGGCUGCAUGAAUUCAAUGAGGAUGCGUUUGUGCAGACGGUCAAGUUAUGGGAGAGAAUGGUCAAAGAAUGUCCUGAUGCAAUCAAUACUGCGUUUAAUUUCCAGUGGGAUGCAAGGCCUGUCAAGGCGCCUGAUGUGGACUCGGCUCAAUCGCUGCAUGACAUUCGCUACUGGCAGAACAACUUGAUCUGGCAUACAGACGCAGCCAACCGGGGCAAGGUGAACAGCUAUAACGAACAGUGCAUUGCCAUCAUGCGUGGAACGGACGAGUCGCGUUUUGUGGACUUCCAAAACGGAACCCGCACUGGACCUAUCCAUAGACGAUACCGCGGGGAAGCGCGACUUGAGAAGCUGCGUCGGUUGAAACGAGAGUGGGAUUAUGAAGGGGUGUUCACUCGGCAAUUGCUUGAUUGAGCGUUCAUAUAAUGCUCUCGUUGUGACAGGCGCCUGGGGACCAUGAAAAUGACGGAUCGUGUACUAUCUAGAAGGAACCUAGUCAGAAGUAUACUAUAGCAUAGACAAAUUGCAUUCAUAUUUUGUGAAUUGACAUUGGACGAAUAGUGGCUUAACU